CUACCAAGGGAAACCGGAAGUACGAGAAGUGUUGGUUGUCUUAUCAUUCAGCUCCCCGGCUGACAACACUUCUGGGUUGUAUUUUACACCAACCCGUUGAAUUGAAACUAUACAUAGGAUAGGAAGAUGGAAGACGACGUUUUGACAACACUGAAAAUAUUAAUAAUUGGAGAAAGUGGCGUUGGGAAGUCCAGUCUUCUCUUGAGAUUCACAGAUGACACAUUUGACCCGGAAUUAGCAGCAACAAUAGGCGUUGAUUUCAAAGUGAAGACCAUUUCAGUGGAUGGGAACAAGGCAAAGUUGGCAAUAUGGGACACAGCUGGCCAGGAGCGUUUCCGAACCCUGACGCCUAGUUACUACCGGGGCGCUCAGGGAGUCAUCCUGGUGUAUGACGUAACACGACGGGAUACUUUCACCAAGCUGGACAACUGGCUCAAUGAGCUGGAGACGUACUGUACAAGGAAUGACCUCGUCAAGAUGCUGGUCGGGAACAAAAUUGAUAAGGAAAACCGCGAACUAGACAGGAACGAAGGCCUGAAGUUUGCAAGAAAACAUUCCAUGCUGUUUAUAGAGGCCAGUGCGAAGACGCGAGAUGGGGUGCAGUGUGCGUUUGAGGAGCUGGUUGAGAAGAUCAUCCAGACGCCGGGACUGUGGGAGAGCGAGACACAGGGCCGAGGAGUCCAGCUGGGCAGGCAGGACCAGACUGCAGGGGGUAGCUGUGGGGGCUACUGCUCCUUGGUGUAGACAAUACAUACUCACAUACAUAUACAAAAAUCACAUACACACACACACUUGAAAGACGCCCUACCAAACACUAAUGGCUGAUGUACUUUGAAGAGGACUGUGAAGGCUGUGGUAUUCGGACUACUUCCCCCAUCAGCCCCUGAGGUGUGGUGUGAAGCAGGGCUGCUCCUGACCAGCACCCUAAGCUUCCUGGCUGUGAUCAUUCAUAGGGACAUUGCUGUUUGCACACUUACUGGUAUCAUGGCUAUAAUGCUUUUUAUAAGUCGUCUUCCCUGUCUUUCUGUCUGUCUUUGUCCACUGACCGGAAUUGAGAAAAUUAAUGAGUGUAUGACUUGGUAAUGAAUAGUGAGGAAAAAAACACAAUACCAUCAAUAGCACAUGGGGGUAUUAUGCUUAUUUAGCAAGGAUUUUUUUUAAAUUAUCACCUGUUCUAUUUCAUGUUUUUGUUUUACAAAUGUUCUUUGCUCUCCCCUCUUUGUAGAUUCCUCCUCUUUUCUCUCCCUUAGCACUUUGUUCCUCUUUUCUCUCCCUUAACACUUUGUUCCUCUUAGCAAGGCAAGCACAACCAGAGUGGGUUGGCUGCAGAGCUGAUUCUCUGGUGUAUCUGCCCUGUGUGAUCACGAAAUCUUUGUCAUCCUCCAGUGCUCACUCUUCUAACAGCUCUGUGUUUUAUAGUCUUAUCAGCCCAAGUCGUCUUGUAUUCCCUUUCACCACUCAGUCCCACAUAAUGAGUCUCUCUUUUGUCCACAAACCUAUUUUGUUCAAAAGUAAUAGUUACGAAGUUUCUGGAAUGAAGUUUUACUACUUUUAUUGACUUGGACAUAAAACUUUCAGCGUGUUUUUGAAGGGUUUAUAAAUCAAACAUAUUGGCAGGCACCGGGGGGUGGCUUUCCAUUGUGUGUGUAAUGAAAAAGGAACUGAACGAACGCUGCUGUUUUGUUUCUAGUUUGUUUAAUAGCCUGUUUGGUCACAGCCCAUCUGCCACUCACACAGAUGAUAUUAGUAAUAUCAAUGCUAUAGCCUAGCUUCAGCUUUUCAUAAUUCAUCCCUAUGUGGAGUGGGAAAAAAUACAAAAGGAAAAGUGUUUUAUAUUAAAGAAUACAAUGAGUCAUAUGGGUGUUUCCAUUGAAAUCUGAAAUUAAAGAGGCUUAAACCCUG